UUCCUAUUUCUAGAGGUUUGUACAGGUAGGUUUUAUCAGAAAGUGACUGAAACGAUGGCAAGACUUGUGCGUAGGCUCUGUUUCUCUCUAUCCAGGUCUGAUCUAGCAUCAUUCUCUGUCUGUCGUUGUGCUAGUCCUGAAUGAUUCAGCUGCCUGCACAUCAAGAAACAGUGCUAGCCCAUUUCUGGCUUCUGCUUGGCCACUGAUUUUUGGGACUGAUCCGUCCGACCGAGCAACAGUGGCAGAAUGAAACCACUUCUGCAUAUCAUGUGGUCAUGACCAAUCUUGGACGGAUGCAGCUAGCGUCCUGCAGGAUAGAUCACCAGCUCAAACACUAUGAUUGCUUAAAGCACCUGUGAGCGAGGCUGUGAUCCGUCCAACGGUGCGCUUCAACAAGUAGCAAUAGCAUGCAUCCAAGUAGCUGCAGGGUGCCGACAGCCGGCGCGGAAGAUCACCGGAGCAAUAAGAAGAAGAAAAGAUGACCAGCAUGCAGGAACACCGGCCGGAUCCCCCAAGAAGACGACGCCAUCAGCACGAUCACCAAUCUGUAGUGCUUAUCGGUAAAACUAAUUGAGUAUCCAGGCCUCCAAGGAAAAGGCGCCAAGAGCGAUCGCAUAUCCCUCUUGCAUAUUCCCCGUCUGAAUCCUCCUGACGGACAUCCCAAACACAACAACAUGCAUAAACAAUGAACCAAUCGUCUCUCGGUCGAUCGUUCGCGCGUAUAUAUAUAUAUCAAUCUAUCUGAACGCUCCAUUCGACGCUACCUGAAUGCAUGUAUGUAGAUGCCGCAGCCCAUGGCGAACGAUGGCGCUGGUGCUAGCAGCGAAGUCGCCGGCGACUGCGAGGCCGAGCAGCAGCAGCAGCAGCAGCCGGUGGUGCUCAUCACCGGGUGCGCCAAGGGCGGCAUCGGGUACGAGUACUGCCUGGCCUUCUCCGCGCUGGGCUGCCGCGUGGUGGCCACCGACAUCCCCGACCGCGUCCCGGACCUCGCCGACCUCGCGGCGGCGGCGGACACGCUCCCGCUGGACGUGACCUCGGAGUCGAGCGUCGAGAGCGCCGUGCGGCGCGUGCUGGCCGACCACGGGCGCAUCGACGUGCUGGUGAACAACGCCGGGGUCGGGUGCACGGGCCCGCUGGCGGAGCUGCGGCUGGAGUCGGUGCGGCGCGCCAUGGACGUGAACUUCCUGGGCCAGGUCCGGAUGGUCCGCGCGGUGGCGCCGCACAUGGCGCGGCGCGGGUCGGGGCGCGUGGUGAACGUGGGCAGCGUGGUGGGGCGCGCGGCGACGCCCUGGGCGGCGCCCUACUGCGCGUCCAAGGCGGCGGUGCACGCGGCGACGGACGCGCUGCGGCUGGAGCUCCGGCCGUUCGGGGUGCACGUGGUGGCGGUGGUCCCGGGCGCCGUGCGGUCCGGGCUGGGGCGCGCGAACACGGCGGGGCUGGCCGCGGCCGGGCGCGGGGAGUGGCGGCUGUACCGGGGUUUCGCGGCGGCGAUCGAGGAGCGGGCGCGGGCGUCGCAGGCGGGGCGGGCGACGGAGGCGGGGGCGCUGGCGAGGCACGUGGCGCGGCGGGUGAUGAGCGCGCGGCCGCCGAGGGAGAUCGUGUACGGGCACAUGACGCUGCUGUUCGCGGCGCUGGCGGCGUCGCCCGGGUGGGUGCGCGACGCAUUCUUCGCAAGGCGGUUCGGCCUACACAACAAGACGACCAUACCACCCGCCUCCUUGGACUAGUGAGGGCCCAUGUUCGCUACUCUCCUGUGGAGCCCAGUGUAAGGUUAUGAUGCCCAAGAAAUCAAAUUGGGCUCGCAUUUUUCAGUUGUAGAUGAGGGCCCAACAAUGGCAUAUGUUAUCAUUACAACCAAUUGGCUAGGUUAUUUAUUAUGGCAUAUGUAUGCUGGUAGUUUUCAAAUUUUGUUAAUGCUUAGAAUUUAAAUGGGUGAAAAUGCGUUUGUAUAUGUUCCAAUUUGCUUAUUGUUUUUUGAAAGAUUUGCUUAUCGGAGAGUAAAAAUGAGUAUGCAUAUUUAUUC